UUUGGUGUUGUUUUGGUGGCAUUGGUGGUUUUUGGGAUGUUUACCGGGGAAAUUGAGAAUUUGUAAUUUUUAAACCACCCAAUAUUACAUACUAUUAAUUUAUGACUCUUCAAAAUUUAAUGGGCAAGCAUACAGAAUGGAGAAAAAUUGCCAAGAAGGAAAGAAGAAGAAAAAUUCGAAUCCAGAGAGCCAGAAAUUUAGAUAUUCAAUCAAACUUAACAACAAGUGAAUAUAAAAAUUGGCUGGAAGAGCAAGAGUUGUUUGAAUUGGAACAGAUAGAAAAGAAAAAUAUGGAGGAACAUAAAAAAUGGAUGAGAGCUGAGGAAGUUUCCUUAGCCAAGUGGAAUAAACUGCAGGAAAACAUGAGAAGGGCACACCAACUCCAAAUAGAAAAAGAAGCUAAAAUACGACAGGAGUGGGAAGAAGAGCAAAUUAAAAUAAAAAAGGCUGAAGAAAGACUUAAACAAAUUGAAGAGGAGAACAAGAAGCAGCAACAACAAUUUAUGGAGAAGCUGGAGCAGUUCCUGUCGGGAGACACCCGGGAGCCCCCGCAAGAGCUGCUGACUCUGCGGGAAACCAAGCCCGGCAUGGAAGCCUGCCCAUUCUUCUACAAGACUGCCUGCUGUCGCUUUGCUGACCAGUGCUCACGAAACCACCAAUACCCAGGAAUAGCUAAAACACUUCUGGCAACAAACUUUUUCACACAUUUCGGUUUGGAAAAUUCUAAUUAUAAUGAAUAUGACACUGACCUCAUGCUUGAAUAUGAAGAAAAUGACACCUAUAAAGAUUUUAAAGACUUCUUUUAUGAUGUCUUACCUGAGUUUGAAAAAUUUGGAAAGGUGGUCCAGUUUAAGGUGUGUAACAACUAUGAGAAGCACCUGCGUGGCAACACCUACAUAGAGUAUGCGGAGCUGCGUUCAGCGGUCUCUGCGUACCGCGCGUUGCAUAGUCGCUGGUACGGUGGAAGGCAGAUCUCAUUACAAUUCUGUGAUAUUAAUUCAUGGAAAAAUGCCAUUUGUGGUCUCCAGUCAAGUAGACGAUGUCCAAAAGGCAGAGCUUGCAACUUCAUGCAUGUAUUUAAGAAUCCUGACAAUUUGUUCAAUACAUUCAGUACACCUUACGAAAACAGAGUAAGGACGCCUCGGCGCUCUUGGCGCUGGUCCGAAUCACCGGAAGUGACCGAUUCUAGAAGACGAGUUAGGGAUCUCAAAUCACGGGAAGAAGAACGAAGUAAAGAGAAAAGAAGAAGUAGACAUUCUGAAGAAGACAAGCGACGUAGUAGCCGCCGAUCACAUAGCAGAGAUAAAGGGAGAAGCACACGAAAAUAAACUAUUUCAAAUGUA